GCCUCCAGAGGAAGCCUUCUGCGACCUGGAUACAGAUCGAAGUUUAUCGCUGGUCCAGCUCUACGUGAUGCCUUCCUUCUUCUUGGCGGUGCUGAUCCUCGGCCUGCCCCUCAACCUGCUCUCCCUCUGGGUUUUCUUCCACCGCCUGCGGCGCUGGACCCGCAGCACGGUGUUCCUUUUCAACCUGACCCUGGCUGACACCUCGUGGCUGAUGGCCCUGCCUUUUCUCAUCAACUUCCACCAGGACCACCUCUACUGGAAGCUGGGGCUGCCGCUUUGCAUGGCUGUGAGGAUGUUCUACCACAACUACUUCUACCUCAGCAUUUACUUCGUCACCUGCAUCAGUGUGGACAGAUACCUGGGCAUCGUGCACCCUCUGCGCUCUCUGGUGCUGCUAGGUCGGAGGCAGACCUGCCUGCUGUGUGUGGCUGUCUGGGCGGCCACUCUGCUCCUCAGCAUACCUGUUGCCAGCAUGUCUCUGAUCCAGACUUGCCCCGGGAGCAACCGCACCAUCUGUACCUUGUAUAUACUGCUGAGCGAGACCGAGGAGACCCUCCCUUAUUCCCUCUUUUGUUCCAUCGUCGGCUUCCUCUUCCCGCUGCUCUCCAUCUGCUACUGCGGCCUGUGCAGUGUCAGAGAACUGCGCCAGCGGUCCUGCCGCCCCGACCCGAACCACCAGCAGCGGCGGCUCCGGCGGGUGCUGAGCGCAGCGCUGGUUUUAUUUGCCCUGAUUUACCUGCCCUACCACCUGAGCCGUAACGCUGCCAUCGUGAUGCGGACAGUCUACCCUGACAGCCCCGCCUCCUGGAGGCACGCAGACCUGGCCUUCUCCCUGGAGAUGUGCUUCUGCAGCCUCAUCAGCUGCAUCAACCCUCUGUUCAGCUGCUUCAUAGGCCGCCAAUUCAGGAAGGAGUUCCAAGCCACUUUUUCAGUAAUGUUUUCCCAAUGUCCAGGCACGCAGGAGGCCUCAAUGAUAUCUAAGAGGACCCGGAUGACGGUAAGGAAAAGGCAAGGGAUGUCUACUGUCACACCUGUGUGCGCACUACCUGCACCUGGAUCCAAAGGAGCUGGAGAAUUGUAA